AUGUCCGCUUUCGUAAAAACACGUGAUUCCGCGCUAAAUGCUAUAAAAAGGUACAUGACCAAGAGCAACGACGAAGCAUUUGUUUUAGAUUUAGAAAAUGUCGAAAGUUAUCUGCAGUUAUUAAAUGAACAGUGGGUACGAUUUAAGACAGCCCAAGAUGAAAUCGAGCUUUCUUGUGGUGCAGAUAACAUCGAUGUCGAACAGAACGCGCGCAUCCAGGCCGAGUCCUGGUACGUUACAGCGCUAUCACAAUUUAGGCGCGUACAGAAGUGUAGAGCCGAAUCAGUUGCGAAUUCUACAAAUCCGCAUCCCACUGUGUCAGCAGCAAUUAAACUACCUAAAAUGGAACUUCCAUCCUUUGCGGGCAAUUCCACUGACUGCUUAAAGGGUGAUGCGCUUAGCAUUAUCAGUGGUUUCCAAAUUUGCGAUGCCAACUAUACGGAGGCAUGGAAUCUUCUAAAGUCGCGAUAUAAAGUUAUGCGAGUUAUUGUCGAAGCGCACUUUCGGGCGAUUGCAGAGAUACGUAAAGCGACAAGUGACACUGCUGACUCCAUUAAGAACGUGUUGAAUGCAUUCCAACAACACAUAAGGGAACUUAAGGCUUUAGGGCGACCAGUAGAUUUUUGGGACGAUUGGUUAGUACAUGAAACUGUAACCAGACUCUCCUUUGAAACUCGCAAACAGUGGGAGUUGUCACUCACUAGCGACGAUCCUCCUACCUUCGAAGAUCUUUCGUCCUUUUUGGAAAUAAGGUGUCGCUCAUUAUCGAUGAUAUCAGCGCCGGCAACCCAGUCAUGGCCAGGAAAACCGAACAAUCAAAAAUUAGUCGGAAAAUCGGCAAAGGUUUUUCAUGCCACCGCAGAUCAAUCGCGUUGUACAUAUUAUGCAAACGCUAGACUCAAUUUUGUCAAAGAUUUCAAGGCGUGCUUAAACUGUCUAAGCACCGGACAUUUUAAGGAACGCUGCAAUAGCGCGUCUUCCUGUCGAAUAUGUCGGCAGCGCCACCAUACAUUGCUUCAUAGUUCGCCAGAGGCAUCUACCUCUUCCCACGUUGUCGACUCACCCCGCACCGCUGCAGGUACGUUACCCGCCGCUAGCUCGCUCCCGCAAACCGCUGUCACAUCCGCCUCCGCUUGCCUUAAUUCCAAGGUUAACCCAAUGCAUAAAACACAAAAAGCUGUGUUGUUAUCAACCGCCCUAGUAAAGGUACGUGAUUCUGUUGAUCGAUGGCAGAAUGCUCGCUUAUUAUUCGAUUCAGGUUCUCACGCCACAUUCAUAACUGAGGCAUGCGUACAACGUCUAGGUCUAGCUCGCAAAUCUUCGUCCAUAUUUGUAACGGGAAUUGGCGCUUCUCAGGGUGGCCGUUGUAGAGGCGAAACGACGUUAUUGCUUUCUUCGCGACAUUCAAGUGAAUAUUACCCCAUCAACGCAUUAAUUUUACAAAAGAUUACGGGCGAUUUGCCGUCGCAGAGUUUAAGCGUUCCUGAAUGGUCUCACAUCAAGGGACUGUUCUUAGCUGACCCGCACUUCAUGGAACCCGGCCGUGUAGACAUCUUAGUGGGCAUGGACUAUAUGGAUCGACUCAUUUUAACUGAGCUGCGUAAAGGCCCACCUGGCACGCCAAUAAUACAGAAAACAGUCUUUGGCUGGACGUUGUGUGGAAACGUAGAUACAUCCGUUCCAGCCGCAAACCAUAUACAAUCGUUACACUGUGAUGUACAUUUAGAUAGAGCAUUGGCUAGAUUGUGGGAACUUGAAGAAGCGUCGCAAACACGAUAUCUUACCCACGAGGAACGGUACUGCGAAGAACAUUUUGAAUCAACUCAUAUUAGGAAGCCGGACGGACGCUUUGUAGUGGAGUUGCCACUCAAGGUCGACGUGCCAUUAGGUGAAUCAAGGAGUCUCGCCGUACGAAACUUAUUACGCAUGGAGCGCAGAUUUGCCGGUGAUCAGGAUCUGUGGACACGUUAUAACGAAUUCAUGAAGGAAUUAAUUGAAAUGGGUCAUAUGGAGGUCGUGCCUGAAACGAAAUAUGCGAAAUAUUAUAUGCCACACCAUGCUGUUGUAAAGGAGUCCAGCGUCACGACAAAAUUGCGAGUUGUGUUUAACGCGUCUGCUAAAACCACAACGGGGAAUUCCCUCAACGAUGCGCUUUAUGUUGGUCCUCAAUUACAAGAAGACUUGUACUCCAUACUUUUGCGCUUUAGAAUACACAAAUACGCAGUAACUGCAGACGUUGCAAAAAUGUAUCGACAAAUCUGUGUUUCAACUAAACAUGUCGACUUACAUCGAAUUGUUUGGCGCUCUAACACAUCUCUACCCAUUACAGAUUACCGCAUGCUACGCGUAACUUAUGAAGUUGCGUCCGCCUCGCAUUUGGCUGUCAAAUCGAUGCAACAAACCGCGAAACAAUCUUCCAAUACUUUUCAGAAAGCAGUCGACGUAAUUCUUAAAGACUUUUACAUGGACGAUCUUCUCACUGGUGCGUCUAGCAAGUCGGAACUUAAAGCAUUGCAGCGAAAUGUGUCCGAUAUUCUACGGGAAGGUGGGUUCGAGUUAAGAAAAUGGGCGUCAAAUUGUACAGAGCUAAAUGAGACUAUCGCUAGAGAAUCCAAGAACAUAUCGCACUACACCGUAGAUGGCAACAAUGUACAUGCUCUGGGACUAAUUUGGUAUAUGGAAGAGGACUAUUUUACAUUUUCCAUUUCUCUAGGAGAACCGCCCCACGUCUUAACUAAGAGAGCAUUUCUGGUCGAUGCCAGCAAACUUUUUGAUCCAUUGAGCUUACUUCCACCCGCAACGAUUAGGUCGAAAAUGUUGUUUCAGGACAUCUGGCGUUCCAACACUGGAUGGGACGACCCAGUACCAGAUACGAUAGGCAAGGUGUGGCUUGAUCAUCGCUCGCAAUUACAACUUUUAUCUGAACUUAAGGUCAACCGUUGGGUUGGAGUCGGGACGAUAGGCUCAUUUACUGAGUUGCACGUUUUUGCCGACGCUUCCGAGCGCGCCUAUGCCGCAGUCAUAUAUGCGCGCACUGUACAUAGGGAUGGUCACAUUACAAUCGGCUUAAUUUCAUCAAAGACUAAAGUUGCCCCGCUAAAAACAACGACGCUACCUCGCCUCGAGUUGUGUGCUGGUAGCAUGGACAGAUUCCACCAUUACGUUGGCGUGGCUGCAAGCACAUCCUAA